AUCUUAGCAUCCAGAGCCACACUGAGCAGACAAGCUGCUGUUGCUGCUGAUCUUUGAGGGAAGGACAAGCAGCUGAUUUACCCUGGUGUCUCUCUAGGUGCAGAAUUUUGCACCUCAGCCCCACCUGGACCUUUGCCAUCAGCUUGGACUUCUUCUAGAGCCACUUUGGUUUUCAGGACCCCUGGACCUCUACUAACAGCUCCCUUAUUUCCCGGAGAUCGUAUUCAUGUCCAUCUUAGGUCUAAAGAGGCCAGACAAACGGUCCCUUUCUUGGAAGCCUCUCUAAGAUGAAGUUAUGGGCUAUUCUGGCUGGCUGUAUUUUGCUACUAAGCUCUGUAUCCAGCACCCCAUUGCCUUCCAACUGGUUGGCUGGUAAGAAAAGAUCUCACCUUCCAGACCUUCACGAAGGAGAGGACCAAGUUUUGGGGAUGGAUGUGGCAGUUCCUGAAGAUUCCACUGCCAAUAUGGCACCACAAGAUCAACAAACUUACACUGAGAUACCUGAUGACUAUCCAGACCAGAUUGAUGACGUUCUGGAGUUUAUUCAAGACACAAUCAAAAGACUCAGAAGGUCGUCCAAUAAGCAGCCUCCCUCCAGGCGAGAUAGGAGAAGGCAAAGACUUGCGGCAAAAACUCAGAGCUCCAGUAAAAAAACAGUUAAGGACCGAAAGUGGAAAAACAAAGGCUGCAUCCUCAGGGAGAUACAUUUGAACGUGACAGACUUGGGUUUAGGUUAUGAAACCAAGGAGGAGCUGAAAUUUCGGUACUGCAGUGGAUCCUGCAACAAUCCAGAGACAACGUAUGACCAAAUUUUAAAAAACCUGACAAUAAAGAAAAAGUUGGUCAAUGACAAGGUGAAACAGGCUUGUUGCAGGCCAGUCUCCUUCGACGACGAUCUUUCAUUCUUGGAUGACAAUUUAGUUUAUCAUACCUUGAAACAACAUUCCGCUAAGAAAUGUGGAUGUAUUUGACUUGCUUGGAUGGC